AUGGCUAGUGACGGCUGCGGCGCACUCGCCCGUCCGCUUAGUGCCCCUUAUUGCCCGACCUGGUUCAUGCUUGUCACUAGCGUUUUCCAUGGUAACAUUGCCACCCCAGCAUUCCAUUCUACUGUGGCUGAGCCAGUACUAGACAUCAACGUCAACACACUACUCUGGCAUGUAGCAGUAUUUGACUACCUAGGUAUAUCUAGGUAA